UGAAGUAACCACUUCACUUGGAACAAAGCCGGGUUGUAGUUGCGGCUGAACUGGUGAAAAUUCCGUCGUCUCUCCGAAGUAUUUUAGCAUAAACCUCACAAUGACCAACAAAACGACACCUCUCCUCUUCAAGGCGCUGGUGGAAAUGUCUGAAGCCCACUCUUCAAAGGCUCUGCGAGGAAACGCUACAAGAGCAAAUUUCAGACAUUUGGGCUCCUGUGGGGCCCUGGCAGUGAGGAGGACCAGCCUGCCCAUCUGCCCCACCACCUCCAUCAGCAUACCCAGCCGCAGCUUCAUCAACCUAGCCGUUCCUAUCAGCACCCGCAGGAUGGAGUACACCGAGUGCCGGACAUUAGGGUAUACUCCAGAACAGAUGUAUAAUGUGGUGGCCAAUGUGGACCAGUACCAGCACUUUGUUCCCUGGUGUAAGAAGUCUCGGGUCAUGAAGGGACGAAACAGUGACAUCCGAGCAGAGCUCGAAAUAGGUUUUCCCCCCAUCACGGAGCGCUACACCUCAGAGGUCACAGUCAUCCCAAACCACCAAGUCAGGGCUGUGUGUACUGAUGGAUCCCUCUUCAGCCACCUUGAAACAGUAUGGAGGUUUGCCCCUGGAGCCAAAGACCUACCAGACUCCUGCAAAGUAGAUUUCUAUGUGUCAUUUGAGUUCAAGUCUCUUCUGCACUCUCAGCUGGCCAGUGUGUUCUUUGAUGAAGUGGUUAAGCAGAUGGUCAGUGCAUUUGAGUUACGGGCGGCAGCACUUUACAGGAACCAGCAGGAGGUGCCAUUGAGGAGGUGGUCGACAUGAGCCCCCACCACCACACACACACACACACACACACACACACACACACACACACACACACACACACACACACACACACACACUUGGACCUUUAACUAAACCCUACCAGCCUGCUGCUCUUAACACUUGUCUCAACACUUGUCUUACACAGGAGACUGGUUCUUCUUUUUGCACUCACAUGUAUCUUAUUCUUGAGUUGUCAUGCACAGGAAAUAUACUUAAAACUAUUUAUUUAUAAGCCAUAAUCUAAUUUAUUUACUUUCUUGUACAUAUAUAUUUAUUUUAUGGAUAGGAAUAAAUAUAUUGUUUCAAAUUAUCAUUUUGAACACAAAUGUUUUCUUUGUAAAAUUGUGGGAUUAUGUACAAGUGACUCCUGCUCAGUGCUGAAACAUCUGAAAGGGUUAAGAGCUUUUUCUUGUCCAGGAUUUUUUUCUGUCAGUGGAAUUAAAAAGCUUUUGUAUUUUGGAAAACCUA